UGCACAAAAACGGAGUUACAGUACUUUGACAGCGAGAGAGCUAGCUAGCUUCACUCCAGUGCUGACUGACCUCCCCUUCCAAUAUGGCUGGUGUUCGAGCCCUUGGUGUUCUUGCUAGAUUCCCAUCAAGGAGAUACGCUCUCAUCACAGGCGGUACUUCUCGCACCUUUUCAGUAUCUCCUGCAAUGCUAGCCCGAACCCAUGUGAGCUAUGAAGUCAAAGAGGAUGUUGCUGUCAUACGGAUCAACGACCCAAACUCCAAGGUUAACACACUGUCGAUCCAAAUGCAAACGGAGAUGGCAGAAGUAAUGAAAGAAGUGUGGGCCAACAAUGAUGUUCAUAGUGCUGUGCUCAUCUCUUCAAAGCCGGGAUGCUUCAUUGCAGGAGCUGAUAUUAAUAUGAUCCAGGCCUGCAAAAAUGCAGAAGAGGUCACCACACUCUCUCAGGAGGGGCAGAAGAUGUUCGAGCUGAUUGAGAAAUCUCCUAAACCCAUUGUUGCUGCCAUCAAUGGCUCUUGCUUAGGGGGAGGCUUGGAGUUUGCCAUUGCCUGCCAGUACAGAGUUGCAACAAAGAGCAAGAAAACUGUUCUUGGUACUCCUGAAGUAAUGCUGGGUCUUCUACCUGGAGCCGGCGGUACUCAGAGACUCCCCAAAAUGGUUGGUCUACCCAAUGCCUUUGACAUGAUGCUGACAGGAAGAAAUAUCAGAGCUGAUAAAGCCAAGAAGAUGGGGCUUAUCAACCAACUUGUAGACCCCUUAGGACCUGGGCUGAAGAGUCCAGAGGAAAGAACGAUAGACUACCUUGAGGAAGUUGCCAUUGAAUGUGCCAGAGGGAUCGUCAGUAAGAAGAUCCCGCUCAGCAAAGCAAAAAGCAGCAUGGAGAAAAUUCAAGACUACGUUAUGGGCUUUGAGUUUGUGCGGAAUCAGAUUUACAAAACUGUCCACGGAAAAGUAAUGAAGCAGAGCAAGGGACUUUAUCCUGCACCCCUGAAAAUAAUCGAAUGUGCCAAGACUGGAAUAGAACAAGGCCCCGAGGCUGGAUACUUAGCUGAAUCUCAGAAUUUUGGUCAGUUGGCAAAAACGCCAGAAUCGGCAGCCCUGAUUGGUCUCUACCACGGCCAAGUUGCGUGCAAGAAGAACCGCUUUGGAGUUCCUCAAAGAGAAGUGAAGACUCUUGCAAUCUUGGGGGCAGGUCUGAUGGGAGCAGGUAUCGCCCAGGUGACUGUGGACAAAGGCGUGCACACAGUGCUGAAGGACACCACUGUGCCUGGACUGGCCAGGGGACAGCAGCAGGUUUACAAAGGGCUCAAUGACAAGACCAAAAAGAGGAACAUCACGUCAUUCCAGAGAGACUCCAUACUGUCCAACCUGACCGGCCAGCUGGAUUACAGCAGAUUUGAAAAGGCCGACAUGGUUAUUGAAGCUGUGUUUGAAGACAUUAACAUCAAGCACGCCGUCCUGAAGGAGGUGGAGGCUGUGGUUUCCCCUCACUGCAUAUUUGCCACCAACACAUCUGCUCUGCCCAUCAAGGAUAUUGCUGCUGCAAGCAAGAGACCAGACAAGGUGAUCGGGAUGCACUACUUCUCUCCAGUUGACAAAAUGCAGCUCCUGGAGAUUAUAACCACCGAUCAGACGUCAAAGGACACGACGGCCUCUGCUGUGGCAGUCGGCCUGAAGCAGGGCAAAGUCAUCAUCGUUGUUGGGGAUGGACCUGGAUUCUAUACGACGAGGUGUCUGGCUCCCAUGUUGGCUGAAGCCGUACGAGUUCUUCAGGAAGGAGUUGACCCCAAGAAGUUAGAUGCCCUCACCACAGGCUUUGGGUUCCCGGUGGGUGCAGCCACUCUGGCCGAUGAAGUUGGUAUUGACGUUGCAGCUCAUGUGGCCGAGGACCUCGGCAAAGCUUUUGGCUCCCGCUUUGGUGGUGGAAAUGUGGAGGUUCUGAAGACCAUGGUGGACAUGGGUUUCAAGGGCCGCAAAUCAGGAAAGGGUUGCUACGUCUACCAGCCAGGACUCAAGACCAAAGAAGUGAACCCAGAUAUUGGAGAGAUUCUUGAGAAAUUCAAGAUGAAACCAAAUCCUGCCGUUUCAUCAGACUCUGAUGUGCAGUACAGGCUCGUUUCCCGAUUUGUGAACGAGGCCGUGAUGUGUUUGCAGGAGGGCAUUUUGAACAGCCCUUUGGAAGGAGACAUCGGGGCUGUGUUUGGGCUCGGGUUCCCCCCCUGCCUCGGAGGACCUUUCCGAUUCGUGGACAGCUUUGGUGCUGACAAUCUGGUGGCGAAGAUGAGGCAAUAUGAAGCCGUCUACGGGAAUCAUUUCACACCGUGCCAGCUCCUCCUCGAUCAUGCAAAUGAUUCUAGCAAAAAGUUCCACAAGUGACCGACUCACCGUGUGUGCCAGUAGCUCUCACCUCCAGUAUGCCACUAGAAUGUGCCUAACAUUGAUUUUGUGAGUGUCGGGGAAAACCUAUUUAAAGUAUGUUCAUGUUGGCAGUUUAUUAUGUACACCUAGCUAAAACUACGGCAGCAGUCCUCAACAAAAUCAUAACACUAUAACCUUCAUGAAGGUACGAUUUUAUUACAAGACUGUUUUAUUCGUUUGAACUGGUGCAUCUAAUAAAGUGGCAACUGAGUGUGUAAUGUCAGCAAAAUUGGAUGUUUUUUUUGUACUUUAACAUUAUUGAUUCACUUGAUGAUGAUGUAUAGAUCCAGAAGCAGACUGAGGCGUGUUCACACAUUGCAGCUGGAGGGAAAAUAAUUAAAAUAUUUUACGAAUGUGGCAAAUUAAUUCAUUAUUAAUGAAUGUCUACCAGUAUGGUUCAGCGACGGGGUUUCUUUUUUGUACAUUAAAGACUUUCUGGCCUGGUUUGAACAAUGUUGUAAAUGUGGAGCCUGAAUAAAAAAUUUGUUUUGGAAUCAAACCUGCGUU